CGCCGCCGCUACUAGCGCCGCUGCCACCGCCGCCGCCGCCGUGCUGCUGCUGCAGGGGCCGGCCCGGCCAUGCUGCUCGGCGCGCCCUGAGCGCCCGGCCCCGCGCCGACAUGGACCAGGAGAGUGUCAAACCAAGUUCCCGGUCCCCCGAGGCAGCUGAAGAUGAGAAGGACCAGCGUACGGUAACAAUCAACCCCUCUCACAUGAAAAAGGCAUUCAGGGUUAUGAAUGAAUUACGGAGCAAGCAGCUCCUCUGUGACGUGGUGAUUGUUGCUGAAAAUGUUGAGAUGGAAGCCCAUCGCAUUGUCUUAGCAGCCUGCAGCCCCUAUUUUUGUGCAAUGUUUACAGGAGACAUGUCUGAAAGCAAAGCAAAGAAGAUUGAAAUAAAGGACGUGGAUGGGCAAACACUGAGUAAGCUGAUUGAUUACAUCUACACGGCUGAGAUAGAGGUCACCGAAGAAAAUGUUCAGGUGUUGUUGCCAGCUGCUAGUUUAUUGCAAUUAAUGGACGUUAGGAAAAACUGCUGUGAUUUUCUCCAAUCUCAGCUGCAUCCCACAAAUUGCCUUGGAAUUCGAGCCUUUGCAGACGUGCAUGCAUGCACUGAACUUCUGCAGCAGGCGAAUGCCUAUGCAGAGCAGCACUUUCCCGAGGUGAUGCUAGGAGAAGAAUUUCUUAGCCUCAGCCUGGACCAGGUCUGCAGCUUGAUAUCAAGCGACAAGCUCACGGUCUCCUCAGAAGAAAAGGUCUUUGAAGCUGUUAUUUCUUGGAUAAAUUAUGAGAAGGAAUCUCGUUUAGAGCAUAUGGCUAAGUUAAUGGAACAUGUUCGUCUGCCCCUUCUACCCCGAGACUAUCUUGUGCAGACAGUUGAAGAAGAAGCUUUGAUCAAGAACAACAACACGUGCAAAGACUUCCUUAUUGAGGCCAUGAAAUACCACUUGCUUCCUCUGGAUCAAAGGCAGUUGAUAAAGAAUCCUAGGACAAAGCCAAGGACUCCAAUUAGCCUGCCAAAGGUGAUGAUCGUGGUUGGUGGGCAGGCGCCCAAAGCCAUUCGGAGCGUGGAGUGCUACGAUUUCGAGGAGGAGCGAUGGGAUCAGGUAGCUGAGCUUCCCUCCCGGAGAUGCAGGGCAGGAGUGGUGUUCAUGGCAGGCAAUGUUUAUGCUGUUGGGGGCUUUAACGGUUCUUUAAGAGUGCGAACUGUAGACGUGUACGAUGGUGUGAAAGACCAGUGGACAUCCAUCGCCAGCAUGCAGGAAAGACGAAGCACUUUGGGAGCAGCUGUGCUGAAUGACCUUCUUUAUGCUGUGGGCGGGUUUGAUGGAAGUACUGGUCUGGCAUCCGUAGAGGCCUACAGCUAUAAAACCAAUGAGUGGUUUUUUGUGGCUCCCAUGAACACAAGGAGAAGCAGCGUUGGAGUGGGAGUUGUGGAGGGGAAGCUAUAUGCUGUGGGGGGUUAUGAUGGAGCAUCACGGCAGUGCCUUAGUACUGUAGAGCAGUAUAAUCCUGCCACAAAUGAAUGGACCUACGUGGCUGACAUGAGCACACGGCGCAGUGGUGCAGGUGUUGGCGUUCUUAGUGGAUUGUUAUAUGCUACUGGAGGGCAUGACGGUCCCUUGGUGAGGAAGAGCGUGGAGGUUUAUGAUCCAGGAGCAAACACCUGGAAGCAAGUGGCUGAUAUGAAUAUGUGUAGGCGAAAUGCAGGUGUGUGUGCAGUGAAUGGGCUUCUCUAUGUGGUUGGAGGAGAUGAUGGUUCUUGCAAUUUGGCCUCAGUGGAAUAUUAUAACCCUGUCACUGAUAAGUGGACAUUAUUGCCAACCAAUAUGAGCACUGGAAGAAGUUAUGCAGGUGUGGCUGUGAUUCAUAAACCAUUGUGACACAGACUCAAGGAGCAGAAGUGGAGUGAAGUCUGCUGCGUGUUCCUGGGAAAAUGACGGACCCCUGACUUGACCCACCUUGUUGCUAUUCAGCUCCUAGCCUCACAAGGAAUACAUUAAGAACAUCAGCUGCUCUGCAGUGGAUAGCAUAGCCAUGUGAAAAUCUGGCUGAGAACAUGAUUCAUGCUAGACACGCGAUAUUGCUUAUUAUCAUUGGUGCAAUCGACUAUUUCCUGAACAGCCAGAAUCCUGAGAUAAACCUUGUGCUUAAACUGAUAUUGGAGAAAAUGAAUUUCUUGUGUGAAACAAAAUGCUAGUUUAGGGCACGUGAGUAAAAAUGAAUAUAUUGGAUUUCUUAACUACUGAUACGUUAUAUACCUGAUCCAUUGAUCUAUUUACUGACUGCACUUCCAGGGUGAACGUACUACUGACAGUGAAAUCUUCUAAUCGCCAAUCCUCAAAAGCAGUCAGCAGAACAGUACUGGAACCGGGGUGCUUUUGCUUGUGUUUGUCUCAGUCAUGCGUACCUAUGUGCCACUGGACUACUGUGUGCAUCCCCAGAAGAUCUGUGAUAUGAUUGGGGCACACGGCAUGUGAUUCCUACACUAGUCACAGACUUGCCAGUUGUGAAUGCCAGUUUAUAAAUAUAAUAGGGCAUGCAGGACAGUGCCCUUCUCAGGGGUGAAGGUGCCAUACUUCAGUCACCGAAGGCAAACCCCACGGAAACCUAUGGCUCUAGAGGGCUAAUUACUCCCCCGAAAUAUGGUAUGAAUUGAAAAUAACAGAAGAAAUCUUUCCCCAUAUAUUUCAUGCAUAUUGGUGGCUGUGCAGAAAGCCCCGUUUUAGCUGCGUCCAGCAUUUCAAUGCCAUUUCGUAAGAGAAGUUGAAAGUGUAUUUCUUAAUGAGCCAUUGAUGUGUCUUGCCAAUAUCCAGCCACAUGCCCUCUGCCACUCAAGAAGUGAUUAAUAACCAAGAUAAAAUGCCUACGUUGUCUUAAUGGUUCCAGAAUGUGGAGAUCUUAUUCUUUGUUAUCUUUGUUCUUAUUUUAAAUCUUCCCUGUUUUUAAAUGUGUUCUUCCACCCAUACAAAAUAGUUGAUGGGAUCAAAUAAGAUCACUCUCACAAUGAGUAAGAGGUUAUUUAAUUAAGUGAAAUGUGGACCUGUGUGUUACUUGUCCGUACCCAGAAUCCUUCAUGCCUGCUUUCUGUUUAUAGAAUAAUCAACUUGAAAAUUGCAUUUCUGAGAGUCCUGGUGCUCGUUCCUGGUGAUCUUGAUGCACCCCCUCUGUAUUUACUGGCAUUAAAAGUAACACUAAAGGAGAGUUUAGCUAAGAGAAGGUAGCACAGAAAUCCAUCCUCUGUUUUUCAGAUUUGUUUAACUUUGUGUGUUUUACAGGACUUCAGGCAGAGGCAGUGUCACCAGGUUUUCUUUCUGGAAUCGGUCAGGGCUUGUUAACACUGGGAAAAACUGACUGGCUGAAUGAGAGUGUCUUAUGUAGACCAUGGAAUCAGAACUCGUGGUAGAGGUGAUAUCUUUUAUUAGACCAAUACGGCUACAACCUGGAUACCUGACUUACGUAGACUGUUGCUUUCCAGUCAUGGCAGCAUGGUUAUGGUUCUCAGUCAUUUUCCCCAUGUAGAUGAGCUCUUAAUAUUUGUGUGGCUGAAAAUGCUCUUAAACAUCAACAGGGGAAUAGAAAAACCCUUUGAAACCUUCUUUGAAAAGGAUGAUAAAAAUAUGCCAGCUCAGGUUGUUAGUGAGAUGGGGAUUCAGUGGGAAGCGUAUUCUUUUUUUUUUAAACAGGCUGAGUUUAAAUUCACAUUUCAGCGUUCCUGCAACGUGGCUACAUGUGGCCAAGUCCUGUUGAUUUUGGGGGCGGGGGGAGCAGCACAUACCUUUGCUACUUCAUGCUCCACAGGGAGACUGUGAGCCCCUCUGUGGAAUGUUAAAUAGCAUCUGCUUGUCUUUCCCUUUUAGCCUCAGAGUGAACUGUCCGCUAGAAUGACAGGACCGAUGACAGCAGCUGAGCUGCUGCUGUGGACUGGAUCCAGGGUCCUGGAAGUGAACUAGGAAAGUACAGCUAACACCUGUCCCCUGCAGGCUGAAAGAGCACUGAAAAUAAUACCGAUAUUGGUUCUACUGGCUGUUUCUCUACUACUGUGCUUUGACCCGCUAACUUACCCACUAUGAGCUUUAUCCAAAAGGCACUGAAGCUGAUGGGGAAUCUUUCCAUUGGCUUCAUCAUGCUGUGGAGCAGGUCCUAGGGCGUUUCUUAUCUAUGGCAUAAGUAAGAUCCUGUUGCGUGGGCGCUUACAAAAGCACUUGAACCAUCUGUGUGUCAUCUCAGAAAAGCUAUUAGGCAACCAUCAUGCUCUGUUUUGGAGAGUCUGACCAGAUCAGUAUAAGCUGUAGUAAGUUAUCGUCUGUCUGCUCCAGGUACCAAAACAGCCAGUGCAUUUUGAUUAGUGACAGUGCACUUUCAUGGAUUUAUAACAAAGGAGAGGAAAAAGAGAGUGAGGUGCAUUCAUCUUCGGGGGUUUUGGUGUCUUCCUGUUAUUGUAAACUGAUAUUUACACACACAUGUGGCCUAAAAGAAAACCAGUGGACCUGUGCACUUCCUGGAUGUGGCUGGAACCAGCACAGCUGGUCUGGGGAAAAGCCUUUCCUUAUUGAUAGUAAACAGCACAUUUCUUUCCUUCCUUCUCGGAAGUUGCAGUGUUAUGCAAGUCAAGUGACCUCAUUUUUCAGCUAUGCAAUAUUAACAAAUGUAACACAGGACGAACCAGCUGUACUUUCCCCAUCAAAUGCUUUUGGAUUUGUUUUCCUUUUGUUGUGUGGUCUAAUGUUUGUAUGAUUAAUUCUGAGCACCUGAGCCAGAUCCCUUAAAGAUUGCCUUUUUCUAGGACUGAAAAUGUAUCUUUAGAGCUAAUAAAUUUUAGUGUAAAUAUUUUUUAUAAAAUAAUUUUAAAGACUCUCUGAAUUGCUUUUUAUUGUUCUUGAGGACAUUUCUCUUAAGUUCCAUCUCUGAUUAUGACGUUCCAAUGCCGUUUUCACCGGCUGUGCUGUGCGUGUGAAUUUGUAUGUUUUCUGCACGAGAAAUUGUAAUGUUGUAAUUAAGGUGGGAUAUUCUCUUUGCUCUUGUGUUAAUUCUAACAUAUUAAAGGCCCAUGUUUGGGUUCAACAUCAUGAAUUUAAAAUGAUUUUGCAUCUUAGAAUAGUGGAUAUUUUUAAAUCUCUAAUUUUAUAUUUUCUUGAUUUUUUUUUUUUUGCUCUUCCUUUAGUCUUUGCUUUUUACUUAGUUUGGGCAUCAAGCCAGGCUGUUUGUCGUCAGUCUCAUUUUUAGGCUGUCUUGCAUCUGAGCAGAAUACUGCAGUGCAUUAUAAGGGAAUGGUAUAAAGCCCACAGUCAACGAUACUAAAAGCAUAUCUAGUAACUGAAGUAAGUUCUGUAGACUAUUCCUUGUUCCUCUUACAAGCCCAGUGUUGACCCAGAAUUUCCACAAUUCUCCUCUUAAACGUCUAAUAAUUGAAGGGCCCAAUCAUGUAACUUGUUUUUUUAGGAGAACUUGUGGGAUUUCUGUGCACCAGAACAUUGCAGGAUGGGGCCCCUAAAGUGGCUUGUGUGGUUUGAGAGGGAGAUCCCCUUCUGUGAAUGAAGUAUGUUGAGAGAACAACACAGCUGUGUUUGUAAAAAUGGUUAUGCAAUGAUAUGCUUACAACAUUAAUGAGCAAAUUAGAGUCACUUUCAACAUGGAAGGUGUGUUGUCUCAAUGAGUCUUCUUUAAGGAUGUUUGUGUCGGGUCUGUAUUUUUCCAUUUGCACUUGAUAGAUAAAUUCAGUUUAUUUUAGGUUAUGUGGAUACUUUUUCUCUGUAGAUUUUAUAGAGUUUUGUAUUCACCGUGAAGUCACUUGGGGCAACAUUACUUGAAAGCACCAUGAAAGGUGAGUUUAGGUAUUUUGUUUGCAUUAUUGGGAGACCAAGAUCUUUAACAUUCAGCUAUGUGCAGUGUCUACUCAUUAAACAAUAACGAUAGCUUAAUGUCUUAACGCAUCUCAUUAUUAAGCUGGGGCGGGGCGGGGUUCGUACUGAAAAUUGUGCAAUGUCAUGACUAGGGACCUACUUAACUUACGGUUUCAUGGAUUUUGCAGAGAUUGUGAAAUCCAGGAUUGUCUACCAAAUCAACUCCCUACACCCCCCCCCCACCCCCCAAUAAAAAUUAAACGUUGGCUCCCCAAUGGAGUCGGAGGUCCUCGCUGCUGGGAGGGGAAGGCAGUGGCUGGUGGGAUGGCAUGAAGGGCAGCAUACAAGAUGGCUGCUGCCCCUCAUCUAUCCUCCUCUGCUGGGGCCUCUCCACCAAUCAGCACUGAGGGAGAACCAGCAGUCAAGAUGGCGGCCGCCCCCUCGCCAUCUCCCUGGGACCUAUCACUGCCAAGGAGCAGGGCUGCUGCGGACUGUGAUCUUUACACUGUGAUCAACCCAUGGAAAUUGGUAAGUCCCCCUGUGACUUGGGUAGACCCCUAGUCAUGACAGUUACCCCCUUGAUGCAACAGCAAGAGACAAAGUGGGACAGACAUGACAUAUCUGUUAGGAAAUGCUAUUACUCAAAAAUAUAUUGUCUGGGAACAUAUAUUUGGAAAUGAGCAAAGUGCAUUCAUUAAUCUUUCCUGCCCCUACCUUUGCUUAUGGGAUUAUAAAUUAUUUUAUUUUCCUUUGAAUGGCAAUAAAGAAAUGUUGAGCACAUUAAUUUGUAUAUUUAUGUAUACAGUGCUUUAGGAAUUAUGGAAGAGUGGAAGAAUUUUUCUGGACGUAUAGUUUGUUUUUCUAAAACGGACUUGUUAAAUAUGAUGUGUAACAGAAUAUUGCAAUCAGUUGGUUGACUCUUUAAACCCAUGAUGUUUGUUUUGUUUUUGUUUUUUUGUUUUUGCAUGGAUGUGAAGGACCAAGUAUCUUAUGAAGUAAUUUACUUUAUGGAUUUCAGUCCAUUCAACAAACAGCUUGAGUAAUGGUCUCAAUUGAAACUCAUGUAAUUCUUUCAGACAAAAAAAUCUCAUUAUAGUUUUCAAUACUUACAUUUGAAUAAAAAUUGGACUAAUGAAA